UGGAAUUCGAAAUACCACCAACGGUGAAUGGUGUCCGACCCUUUGUCAGCGGUGGUGUUCUGAAAAGUAAAUACGAAGCUGUUGCUGUGCAUUUCCAUUGGGGCAGCAGAAAUUCAAAGGGUUCCGAACAUAUGAUAGACAAUCGGCGCUUUGAUGUUGAGAUGCAUAUCGUUCAUAAAAAUGUCAUUUAUGCGACAGUGGCAGAGGCCUCCAAACAUGUGGAUGGUUUGACGGUGUUGGCUGUUAUGUUCAAAGCGACGAGGGACGUUGAUCGCAUUUAUCCCGGCUUGAAUAUGUUAUUCAGUAGUUUACCCAAUUUGGUUUAUAUGAAUUCCCAUUCCACCCUACCCGAAGAUCAUCUCACAUUGGGUCACUUUUUGGGUGAUUUAAACACGAAGACAUUUUUCACAUAUACUGGUUCAUUGACCACACCCGAUUGUGCUGAAGCUGUAACAUGGCACGUGUUCCCCGAACCUUUACCAAUUGCCUAUGAACAUAUUGAGAAAUUUUGGCAAAUUCGUGAUGCCCAUGGCCACCGAAUGAACAACAAUUUCCGACCACUGCAAGAAAAUAAUGGCCGUGUGAUACUCUAUCGUAGCGGAAGUUAUUAA